AACUAUUUCAUUUAUACAUUGCUACCAAUUUUUUUCGAACUGUGAACUGUUAAGUUACAGGUACUGAAACAGUUCAGAAUAGUUCAUCUAAGUGAAUAGUUCAAAUGAACUAUUCGUUCACGAACUUAACAUCUCUAAUUGAUAUAUUAAUAUUCACAUGAUGAUGUUCACAUGAUUAGUUAAAAUAUUUAUUUAUAAUUUUAUUUUUAUACUUUUUAGUUUAUUUUUAAUGACUUUAAAUGAUAAAUACAUCCUACAUCUUCACUAAGUGUUAUUCUAGUUAUUUAAAAGUACCUGUUCGUCUAGUAAAAAUGGUAAAAUAUUUAAAACAAGACGAAGCUAUUGAAAUUGAUCAAAAGUUAUUUAAUAAAUAUAAAUUUAGUGUGGAUCAAUUAAUGGAACUUGCUGGAUUAAGUUGUGCAACAGCUGUGUACAAGUGUUUUCCUCCUGAUAAUUUCAAUAAAGUUUUAGUUUUAUGUGGACCAGGUAAUAAUGGUGGCGAUGGUUUAGUAGCUGCUAGACAUAUGAAACUUUUUGGAUAUCAUCCCGAAGUAUAUUAUCCAGUUUGUACUCAUAAACCACUCUAUCUUAACCUUGUUAAUCAGUGUACCAUGUCUCAGGUGGCAGUUUCUAAUGAUUUCCCUUUUAAUAUUAAUCAGUAUGAUUUAUUAGUGGAUGCUUUAUUUGGGUUUAGUUUUAAGCCUCCAGUACGCCCAAAUUUUGUGCCAAUCAUAGACGCUUUAAAAAAUACUAACAAGCCUAUUUGUAGUAUUGAUGUUCCAAGUGGUUGGAGUGUAGAAGGUAUACCUGAAGACGGUGGCAUAAAUCCAGAACUUUUAAUAUCAUUAACUGCACCCAAAGAUUGUGCUAAAAGUUUUAAAGGAAAGUAUCAUUAUUUAGGGGGACGUUUUGUUCCUAAAGAACUAGAAGACGAAUAUCAGCUAAAUUUACCAUCUUAUCCUUGUACUGAAUGUUGUGUUAAACUAUAAAAUUUUAAUUAAAACAAAUAUUUUCACAUAUGUUUAGAAAUUCAUAAAUUAAGAUAUGUUACACAAUUUUUUGGUAAACUGUUUUAUUAGUUUUACUUUCUUAUAAUUGUAAAAAUAUAUUGAAAUUUUUAAUAAGUUAUAUAAUAAUAUUUUGUGAUCUAAAAAUAGUAAAUUAAAAUGUUUUUAUCAUUGCUUUUUAAGAUUAUAAUUUUACUUAAAAAUACAUCAUGUCAAAAGUUUUUUCUUACAACAUUUAAAAGAGAUACCAAAACCAAUACUAAUUAUUGACUUUUUGCCAUAUUUUAUAUCGGUAAAGAAAAUUUUUAAUGUAAACUUUUGUAUGCACAAAUUCUAAUUAUGCAACAUAUUGCAAAUGCCUUGUAUAAUUAUUAUCAGGUAAUGUGAUUACAAUUAAAUAUUCAGGAACCUAACAUAAAGAAACUUUA